GUCCACGGUCCACGGUAGGUUGGUUUCUUAUGGAAUCCUGAAAAUGUUAAUAAUUGAAUUUGAUGAAUUGUUGAGGGUUGAGGAGAGAGAAGAUGAAUGGUGAAGGAAAAAGAGUGUGUGUAACAGGUGCAUCCGGUUACAUAGCUUCAUGGCUUGUCAAGCUUCUUCUUCAACGAGGCUACACCGUUCAAGCUUCCGUCCGUGAUCCCAAUGAUGGAAGAAAAGUCGGCCACUUGCAUUCUUUAGAUGGAGCUAAGGAGCGCCUACACUUGUUCCCAGCAAAUCUAUUGGAGGAAGGUUCUUUUGAUGCUGUUGUUGAGGGUUGUGAAGGUGUUUUUCAUACCGCUUCUCCCUUUUAUAUUGAUCCUACAGACCCAGAGGCUGAAUUGCUUGAACCAGCUGUGAAAGGAACACUUAAUGUUCUAAAUUCCUGUGCAAAAUUUCCAUCUAUAAAGAGAGUGGUCUUGACAUCUUCGUUGGCAGCAGUUGUAUGCAAUGAGAAACCACUAAGUCCUGAUGUAGUAGUUGAUGAAACUUGGUUUUCUGAUCCAGAUUUUUGUAAGAAUUUCAAGAUGUGGUAUGAAGCUUCCAAAACUUUGGCCGAGGAGGCUGCCUGGAAAUUCGCGAAAGAGAAAGGUAUCGACUUGGUCACCAUAAAUCCAGGAAUGGUUAUUGGACCGUUGUUGCAGCCAACACUCAACACAAGUGCGGCUUCCAUAGCCAGCUUAUUUAGCGGUUCUGAAAUUUAUCCAAAUAUGUCUUUUGGCUAUGUCAAUGUUAAAGAUGUAGCGACUGCACAUAUCCUGGCCUUUGAGGUUCCGUCAGCAAAUGGAAGGUAUUGUUUAGUCGACAUCGUCGUACAUUUUUCAGAGAUUGUGAAGAUAUUACGAGAACUUUUUCCUAACGCCAAACUUGCUAAAAGGUGUGCUGAGGAUGACAAUCCUUUGAAGUUUAAAUACCAAGUUUCCUCCGAGAAGGCUCGAUGUUUGGGCAUCAAUUUUAUUCCUUUUGAAACAAGUCUUAAAGAGACGGUUGAAACCCUGAAGGAGAAGGGAUUUAUCUGCAUUUGAAUCGCAUUAUAAGUUUAAAUAAAAAAGUGAUAUUCAAUCAAAUGAGAAAUGUUAUCAUUUUGUGGAAAAUUUCUCAAAUAUAAUGUGAAAUAUCCCAAAGCUUUAGUUAUGUUUGUCUCUUCGAUUCAAGUUUAAAAUAUAACUAACUCUUAAAAUCUCUA